GCUAGAUAACGUCUUAAAGAAGAUGGAAAAAGGGAUGACGAGAUGGCCAGAUGACAGCCCCGCAUUUUAUGAAGCAAAACGAAGUUUGGAAAAACAGAACAGGAAGGAGCAACUGGAGAAGAUUCGCCAUAUGGCAUCGGAAAGAUGGUUUUUACUUCAAUAA